AUGGAAUCUGAAAUCCUCACAUAUAUGCUCGAUAACCAGAUAAUUAUACCCGGGCAGAGUCUUACUGCCGAGAGUCCCAAGUACGUCUUGUGCUCAAUAUGCAAAACCGGCGUACAAGAGGGCCUGUUGGAUCUCGCUGUCGGGGCUGCUCAAAGGCUGUUAGCGCAGUAUCCUGAGCUAGGGGAGAUGGUGGGUAGGGCGUGGGUCAAUGGUGCCGGUUUUAAGGAUAUACGGUGCCUGAGUAGUGCUUCGACCCGAGUGAUCAUCGUCGACAUUACUAACACAAUCGCAGGGCUUCUCAGGUCGAACAUACCUGACGACAUUUUCAACCUUCAAGGUAAUCAAGGCGAAACACUUUAUGAGGCGAGUGUAAAGGCCACGGAGGACUCUUGGAACUAUGAGUUUAUAGGUUCCGCCCAUGUGGCUCUGAAAGCCCAUAUUAUGUACCAUCGGGAAACGAUCACCAAUCCGUAUGCGCCUUACUGCGCCAUCGUUCAAUCGACCGGAACAGGAAAGUCGAAAGUAGUGGACGAGUUCAGCAAGACUCAUUUCGUCAUACCAGUGAAUCUUAGAAAGCCUGGAGCUGGAGGCUUUCCUCCUUCAGACGAAGAGGUUCACAGAUUUCUUAACGUCGGCUUCCUUAUGACUCUCCCGCCACCCUAUGUAUGGAUUCGGAUGAACACCUUCAUAUUCGCACUGUUAGAGGAAUGUGAGAAGGUUAUCGACGAGGCCAUGAACCAUCGAGCGGUUGGUCAUACCUGGCUCCGCUCCGAAGGUGCUGCCUGGUUCCGGAAGAUGAUGACCCAAGGCCAAACGAUGCACAGUCAAGGCCAAUAUCGCGUAAACUUUUACAAUAAGGUCGUCCGACGGGCUACAGAGCUGUACGGUGACGUCAUUUCUUCACCACUGAUCUCUGGGUCGUCCACCACGACGGCAUCCACCACGGUACCCCAGCCCACCGAACCGAGUAGGAGAGGCCCAUCCCCAGAUAUAACAAGAUUCGCCAGCCCAGGGGAUUCUUCGGUCGUAGACAAAAGCAAAUCCCUGAUCAGUCGCUGGAACUAUCGGCAAUCGAAGACUCAAAAGGAACCGGUCGUCUACUUGGCCUUCGACGAAGCCCAUUUUCUGACCACACCAGACGAGCAAGCGGCGGGUCCUAAAGUCGCAUCUCCGUUCUCCCAUCUUCGAAAGAUUUUACGGUCCUUCAGAGACUUGCCUCUCUUUGCCAUGUUCCUCUCUACAACGGGCAAGAUCACCCAAUUUAAUACACCAAAGGAGGACGACGAUUCCACUCGAUUACAGGAUGGAACACUGGUGGUGAUUCCUCCAUUUUUCGCUCUCGGCUGGGAUCAGCGCGCUGCUCCCCUGGAUGUACCAAUGACUCUGACCUACGUCUCCGCUCUACCCUAUAAGGCUAGACUCGGCCGUCCUCUCUUCGCUUCUCGGUACGCAUCAGGGGAAUUGCUUCACGGACAGGAGCGCAAACAGCUUCACGAACAUCUUGCCGAAUUCGCGGCACAAAAGCUUAUCAGACGCAACCUUUCCUACUGGUCCUCUAGCCUCAACCUCGACCAGGAACUGGCCUGUCUAUCUGCUCGCAUUCCCGUAGAGUUUAUGUCCUCCGUCCAUACUCCGUCGACCAAAGCCGAAAAGGAUCAGAUCGCCAAUCACAUGCGUAUUUGCCUGUCUGUGGACCCGUCUUUCCGCAAAUUCACGUCGCUCAACCCUUCGGAACCUAUAGUUUCGGAGGGCGCCUAUCUCCUCAUGACCGACAGCAGAACGAAGUUCCACGCUCCCUUGGCUUUUUCUCGCGUUCUGACUGGCUUUUCCAUCUACCAGGGAGAUCGGGGCGAGUUUGUGGCCCUGCUUGCCAUCAUCAUGGCCCGGGACCGCGUCGUCAAAACGCAGGGUGUACUUGAUGGCGUCUUUGGCGUUGUUCCGUUCAUGAACGCGCUCAUUGCGAGGCCAGCCAGGCCAACCGAUCGUUUUGCGGAUGUUCUGGCAAUGAAGCCGUCCGUUUACCAAAACCCCAACGACAAGGAGACCUGCUUUGAAAACGCGUUCGCCGACGUUCAUCUUCAUUUCAACCACGUCGUGAAGCGGCAGGUUCAGAAAGUCAAUAUGGGCGUCUUUCGGGGCUUGAUUGCGCGAUGCGCGGCGUUCAUGGGUGCCAAUGGUCAAGCAGGUUUCGACAUAGGGGUCCCUACGGUACGAGGUAUAGGUAUCGUGAACGACGAGACACAGGGAAUGGCUCUUUUACAGAUCAAGAACGAUCCCCGUUUCACCGAAGAAGUUGUUCCAGAACUUUUCGACAGAAUGGAUCCCGUCACUCUAAAACUCAUCGACACUGACACGACCCUCAAAACGCCGAUCAUCCGGAUCGUCUUCGCUUUGGCAGCCAACACUCCCGCUGUUCGCUGUGUUGAGACUCGAAAACAGGCCAACUUCACGUCCUAUGACAUUUGGGUCGCGGGUCUCAGCCCAGACGUGCUUGCCGUUAUUGAUAUGAAGGAUCAAGCGAUCUGGGAUGAACUGCUUUCUGCGUCGAAAGGAUGGGAAAACAUGUAUAAGCACCCGGACCCGACCACGCAUAAGCUAAUGCAAAACAUGGCGCCCAUGCUCGGCGAUACGGCCGAGUUUUGGAAAUUUGGACUGCCAAAGGCUGAAGUCGGUCCAAAUUGA